AUGAUGACGGUACGAAUAAACGCCAACCGUUCGUCGCGAUCAGCUCCUCCGUUCAGUUUGCUGAUGCGAACGUGCGUCUGUUUGCUGGCACUACUCGGUCCGCUAGCACACAGCCCGGUAGAGGGUCAAUAUCUACAGUCACCAUGUCCGAAUGUGUUUUCGUAUCGGCUCGAUCCACGGACCAACCAGCCGUUCGGCUACGUCGAACUGCAGGGUCUACGCAUCGGUCAGUUGGUCAAGCUGAACAUCGAUCUUUCAAUUGGCAUCGCCGUACCGCAGAACAACGUUGGAUCGAUCACGCUAGUUAAAUCAAAUGAACAAACGUUCCGUGACAUCUACAACAACCAACCGGCACAGUAUCGUGUUAAUUUCCCGUUUAAAAAUGUCAUCCCGAGUGUAUUGGCAAUACGCGUGAACGGUCAAACCAUCUGUACCGGUCAGAAAGCGACCGGACAGGUAGUGACCACGAUCAAUUUGGAUCAUACGCUCUUCACGCAGGUGCAACAGCAGACGAACGCAAAUCGUAACAGCUUUAACUCCAUACAGUACCAGCUGCCCCAGAAUACAGCCCCACAAGCCCCCGUAUAUCAACCUGUGCAGAUAGCACAACCACAAGCCCCUGUAUAUCAACCGGUGCAGACUCCACAACCACAAGCCCCCGUAUAUCAACCGGUGCAUACACCACAACCACAAGCCCCUGUAUAUCAACCGGUGCGGACACCACAACCACAAGCCCCUGUAUAUCAACCGGACGAAUCAAACAUUGGAUGUGGACAACCGGCAGCAGUUUUCAAUCGUCUCUCGAUCAACGGAAUCCGAUCGCCCAAGGGACAGUUCCCGUGGGCGGCUCCAAUCUUCCUAAACGAACCAUCGAAACCAAAAUAUAUCUGUGGCAGUACAAUCAUCACCAAACAACAUCUGGUGACUGCAGCUCACUGCAUGUACGAUUCGCUCGGUGUAGCACGCCAAGCGAACGAUAUAAUUACCGCGCCGGGCAUGUACAACAUCGACAACUUCUUCGAUGCGGAUCUGCAGGAGCGGAAGGUAUCGACCAUCUUUAUCCACGAUGAUUACUACUUCGAUGAGUCGGGACUCGGGGAUUCCGACAUCGCCGUGAUCAAGGUCGACCAGCCCAUUGCCUACACCCGGCUAGUACGGCCAAUCUGUGUAUGGACCGGAAGUGGCAACCUGGAUCAGAUCGUUGGCGUUAAGGGUUUCGUGUCGGGCUGGGGUAUUACCGAGAAUGGUGAUGCGAAGUACCCUAGCUAUGUCACCCCUACGGUCGUGGACCGGAAGUCAUGCUCCCGGAACCUGGGAAAAUUCAUUACCGGGUCGGCACCCUUGUUUUGCGGGGACGGACACGGAGCGGUACCGUGCACUGGCGAUUCUGGCAGUGGGCUUGUCAUCAAACGUGGCCAAAAGUACUAUCUGCGUGGUAUCGUUUCUUUCGGCCAGUACGACCCUGAAACACUAAUCUGCGAUGCUACGAAAUACGUAGUUUACACUGAUAUAGCAGCAUUCUACUCGUGGUUGCUGAAAGUUGUUAGGUCUUAA